UCAUCCGUCGAUUCUCAUAUCCGCUUCGAUAGUGCUGUAGGAAGGCUGUAAACAAAAAGUAACCUCAACUCUACUGUACAUGUACAAUUGUAGAAUUUUAUGAAGUUUCAAUCAGCAUCCGGGUAUUUUACGUAAUCAUGUUGGAAGCUUAUCGAUGAUGACCUCACCAGCUAUCUAUUACAUUUAGUGAAGUGCGUAUUGUCAGAAUAAUUUUUUACCAAUCCCUCUUGGAUGAUAGAUAUAAGUAUAGAAGGUUAGCCUUGAACGCUCAUCAGCUCUUAUUUGUUAUUACAAGAUUUAUUCAUCUAUUAUGACUAUGCAUUUAAUUUGAUUGACGUUUUGGUGCAAGAAAGGAGCAUCAUGGUUAGCGACACACAACCCUCCUCCAGUCUCUUGUCCCCUGAGGAGAAUGAGACGGUGGCUCGGUUACUGGGUGAAAAAUGUGUGAAUAUGGUCAUGUCAGUAGUUCAAGUUUUCCAAACCACCCCACCAGAUCAUGGUUCUUGGAAGAAGCAAGAUGCUGGUGUAUUGGUUCUGGUUAAAGAUAAUGGAAAACGUUCAUAUUUCUUCCGUUUGUACUGUCUAACUCGGCGUGCUCUCGUUUGGGAACAUGAACUGUAUUCAAAUAUGGAACAACAUUACAAUACACCUAAACCAUUCUUUCACAUGUUUGAAGCAGAGGAUUGUGUGACGGGCUUCAAUUUUGCAGAUGAGCGGGAAGCAAAUGCAAUGAGCACUGCAUUAAAGGAAAAAGCAGCUAGGAAAAGGAGUAGACAAGAGAAGAAAAGACAACCUGAAAGACAAGCUGUACAAAUUACCAACACAAGCAACCAUCUCUCUUCACAACUCAGUUUGAGCACUCCUCAACUUUCGAAUGGAUCAACAACUGCAUCAACUCACUACAGAACAGCAAAAGCAUUCCUGGAGCUUGCAGGAGGGUUUAUGGGAGGGAAAGAUAAGAGAAGAAGAGAGGGAAAGAAAAAAAUAUCGAAAGCUGAUAUUGGACAUCCUCAAGACUUCAAGCAUGUUUCGCAUGUUGGCUGGAAUCCAAACACUGGCUUUGACAUCGAAGGCGGUGAUGAUGGGAUAGACCCAACUUUAAAGGAAUUUCUUGACAAGGCUGGCGUAUCUGAAACUCAAAUGCAAGACAAAAAUACUCGUGAAUUUAUUUAUGAUUUUAUAAAAAAUCAUGGUGGAAUAGAUCGAGUAAAGAAUGAGGUCCAAGUUACUGCCGUACCGCCACCUCCUGUACCAGCACGAAAUGCCCCCACAAAUUCUUCAAUCCGCACUGCUCCUCCUCCUCCUCCUCCCCCAUCAAGAACUCAACCACCACCCCCUCCACCACCCUCUCAAGCUUCAGUACCAGCUCCAGGUCCCCCUCCUCCUCCUCCCCUCAGAACAUUACCUCAGCGACAAGAUUCUACUAAAGGAGCUCCCACACCACCCCCACCCCCACCUCCGCCUCCACUGCAGACCAUGGCACCACCUCCACCUCCACCAGGAGGCAUGCCUGCUCCCCCACCUGCAGUUGCUGCAGCCCCUGCCAUGCCUGAUCAUCGUUCUGCCUUAAUGGAUGCUAUUCGAUCAGGGAAAGCUCUUAAGCAUGUUGUUGUUGAGGAGAAAAGUCAAAACGGAGACUCUGAGGAUAGUAGAGGUAAACUCAUGGACCAGAUCAGGCAAGGGAAGCAGUUAAAGGCGGUUGUACCAGCCCCUCGUCCUUCGCCUUCAAAUUCCAUGCCAUCUGACUCGCUUGCUGGAGCCCUUGCAAGAGCCCUUGCACUCCGCUCAGGGGCCAUUCAAGGUGAUUCAAGUGAAUCUAGCAGUGCGGAAGAGGAAGAUGAAGAUGAUGAUUGGGAGGACUGAACAUGCAUCGAAAGAAGAUGAAAACGCAUUAUGGAAGAUUAGAACAUAUAGUAUCUUAGAAAAAAUAUUCCAUUGCAAUUUUGAGUAGUUAUCAAAAUGUUUUAUGAAAAAGCAAUUGAAAUAUCUGUAACUAAUGUAACUGUAGUUUGUUUUCCUAGUCACAAUAAUGGGAGUUCAAGAUCAAAUUUUGAAAGAAGUAUCUGUUGCUCUAUUAAUUUUAGUCAGGAUGGAAAUUUUUGUAGCACAGACCCAUAACCAAAAGGUGGUGGUGUAAUUUUGAAGCCAAAUUUCUAUGACAAAAUUGUGUAGCUGAGAUAUUCAGUUAAGCUUUGAACCAUCACACUUUUGAUGCAUAAAGAUUUAUUUUUUUAAGUCUUGUAUUACUUUGACUGUUAUUUGUUGUCUUGUUUAUAAGUCCUCAUUAGGUAUUAAUGUAGCAAAUAUUUUUGUAAAAGUGAUAAUUUUAUUGUGUUAUCCUGACAUAAUCAGUGCUUGCAGGAUAACUAAACUGUGUGAUAAACCUUCUCUUCAGUUUUCUCAUUUGUAAAUUCAAUGAUGUGCUACUGUUGAGCAAGCAAGAAUGAUUGUUGACAUGUGAAAUGCUGUUUGUAACAGCUUAUCAGUUAAGAAGUAUUAAAGAUUUAUUUUAGCUUAAUUUAUUAUUUGGUAAUUACUUUUAAUUUGACAUUUCCACAAGUUUGGUACUGCCAGAUGUGCCAAAAAGUGGUAAAGUAGCCCAGUGAGGUCUUGAAAAUUAUGACCAGGUGUCAUGGUUUGUUAUUCAUGUAAAAUCUAUACCAAUUUUAAAUUAAUUAAACCCCAUACCAAUUACCUAUAUUUUCUAUAAUCAAGCUGUCAACUUGUGACAACUGGGGGCUCGAGUUGUUGAAAAUUGCAGCCCUGGUGGCAGAUUCAUUAAUAAUUGGGUAGGACCCUAAACAGUACAGUUUAAGUGAUUCCAUCCUACAAAUGAUAAAAUUGUUCAUAAUGGACAAUGUUAUUUGUAUAGAAUAACAAAUUUAUACAAAAUGUAACUUGCCAAGGAGCAGAUAAUAAAUCAUUUCAAACAAAGGG